CACUCUAGCCAGCAAGGCAACACUGCUUCUGAAGCAGAAGUCCCGAAACAAAACCAAAAUAACAACUGCUCGGCCGGAUUCACGAUUUUUGAAGAAUGUACUCACGUAAAGAAAAAUUCAUAAAACAACUUACCGCACUGGUCACUGUCACCUUGGGAGGCACUACAACUUUUGCCGGUCUCUGCAUUUGGAAUGGCAAUGAGAAAUUUUAUCGAGAUUAUGUAAUGCCUUUCACUCGCCGUCUUGAUCCGGAAACAUCUCAUGGGCUAGCCGUGUUCGCUAUGAAGCAUUGCCUCAUAAAAAAACAACCAAAACCUGAUGCUGAAUCUUUGUCAACCAGGCUUUGGAACAUCAACUUCUCCAACCCUGUUGGCAUGGCUGCAGGGUUUGACAAACAGGCAGAAGCUAUACAAGGGUUGCAUAGAACAGGUUUUGGCUUUGUUGAAAUUGGUUCUGUCACCCCAAAGCCCCAAGAAGGCAACCCUAAACCUAGGGUGUUUCGCCUUGAAGAAGACAAUGCCAUCAUCAAUAGAUAUGGCUUUAAUUCAGAAGGCCAUGAAGCUGUAUUCAAUCGAGUAAGGCAAGAAAAAGAAAAGCAAGAGAGAGCUAUUAUAGGAGUUAAUUUAGGAAAGAACAAAUUGUCCGGAAUGGAAGACGUGAAAGAUUACGUCACUGGAGUAGAGAAAUUCGGUCCCAUUGCUGAUUAUCUAGUCAUCAAUAUUUCCAGUCCUAAUACACCUGGGUUAAGGGGACUUCAGCAAAAGGCAGAACUAGAAAAUCUUAUUUCACGCGUUUUGGAAGCGAGAAACAAAUUGGGUACAGCAAAUUUGCCACCGCUUUUGGUGAAAAUAGCGCCUGAUCUCAGCGAAGCCGAAAAGAAAGAUGUUGCCAGCGUUAUUUUGAAAGAGAAAUGUCGCGUCGAUGGUAUUAUCGUGUGCAAUACCACAACUAGUCGACCACCUGAGUUAAAGAGCCAAUGCAAAGAUGAAAUAGGUGGCCUUAGCGGUCAACCGUUAAAGGACAUUUCCACACGAUGCAUAAGAGAUUUUUAUCGUUUAACAAACGGCCAGAUCCCUAUUAUCGGAGUUGGUGGUAUUGCCAGCGGUCAGGACGCAUACGAGAAGAUUUUGGCUGGUGCAAGUCUUGUUCAAUUAUACACUUCCUUCGCUUUGCAAGGGCCUCCUGUCGUCAGGCGAAUUAAACGCGAGUUAGACGAAAUUUUGAGGUUGAAUGGGUACCAGAAUAUCGCGGAAGCCAUAGGCAAAUCCUCCCAAGGCAACUGAGUUUUUGAAGACAUCAGUUACGCUUAAUUGUGAUCUGUUAAUUAUAAUAAUUGUCAAUACAACUCUAAAUUUUUUACUCAGUA